GGCCGGCCCUAGACGUAACUGUUUAUCUGAACGAUAUAACUGAUCAGAUAAAUCGUUAAGAUAAAACUGACGUGUAGGGGGAAAUUUGCGCAGAUUUUGAUCGUUUCAGAUGAACUGAUCGAGCGGCAUGAACAGUUGAAUCAUUCAAACUUUUUAUCUGAACGAUCUAAUGAUUGUUUUCCUUUCAGAUGAAAAUCUCACGUGUAGGGGGAAAACUGUACAGAUUAUCAGUCUAUUUGUGACUUAAAUAAAGUGUGCACGCCUUUUCCAGCUUUUCAGAAAUACUUCAUUAUGAAUCGCAAAACAUUGGAGGAGUUUAUUGACAUUUACCAAACCGAAGAGUGUUUAUGGAAAGUUAAGUGCAAAGAGUAUCAUAACCGUGACAAAAGAAACGCAGCAUAUGGAAAAUUAAUUGAAAAGUUAAGAGAAACAACACCUGAUGCUGACCGUGAUAUGGUUGUCAAAAAAAUCAAUAACUUACGCACCACAUAUAGAAAAGAGUUGAAGAAAGUGCAGGCUUCCAAGAAAUCUGGAGCAGGAGCAUAUGAUGUUUAUGUUCCAAAACUGUGGUAUUUUGAAAAUCUUGCCUUUCUACACGAUCAAGAAACACCACGAGAAGGUCUUACUAAUAUUGAGGAAAAUGAAAGUGAGAAUUCAUGCCAUGAUGUUGAGCCUGUGCCUGUGUCCAGCCCCUCAUCUGAUGUAAAUGAACUAGAAGUUGCUACUGAAGGAAAUUCUAUGCUUGACAUCAGCUACCCAUUACAUGUCAGCCGGUCGUCAACUCCUUUACCAACAAAUAGUACAACAACUAAUGUGGCACCGUCCAGACCUACCCCAAAGAAAUGUAGAACGGCCAUGAGUGAUGAGGUGCUGAUGACUAUCAAUGAACACUUUAAAAAACCAAGGGAGCAAAAAAUAGAAGAUAAGCAUGACGUAUUUGGGAAGAAUGUUGCACACAAGUUACGUGGAUUGGACAAUUUACAGAGGAUAAUGGCUGAAAAAAUCAUAAAUGAUGCUCUGUUCGAAGCAGAAAUGGGAAAUCUUACCCAUCAUCAUAAACUUUUGCCUGUACCAGUAACAAACACUCAAUUUCCAAUUCAGCACAACGUAUUUCCGCAACCCUCUGCCACACCCAGAACAGUACCUCACACCAUGCCUCACACAAGCCUUCACUUGCCCUCACUUUCUUCGACAAUGGACCCUUUAGCUCAGGCAAUUAGUGUAUUGAACGAAAUCCCUUAGUUAUUAUAUUAGUGAUACAUAAUUAUUGGAAACUGGCAUACAAGUAUUCUGUUUGAUAUUUGUUUUGGAUAAUUGUAUUAUGUAUUUCUGGUACAAAAAUACCGUACACGUACAUAAAGGAUAGAAAAAUA